GGGCCAUUUAUUUACUUCACACUCCAGUUACCUGUGCACUGGUCUUCAGAAAUCUCCCUAAGAUUGUGUGACUGUCUCAUUUUUGUUAUCAGAAUGUCUGGUCGUGGAAAGAAGGUCCAGAAAGUCGCUGCUGGUAAAUCCUCCAGAUCCUCUAAGGCAGGUCUCCAGUUCCCAGUUGGCCGCAUCCACAGGUACCUGAAGAAGGGUAACUACGCUAAGAGGAUUGGAUCUGCAGCCAGCAUCUACAUGGCAGCCACAAUGGAAUACUUAUGUGCUGAGGUCCUGGAGCUGUCGGGAAAUGCAGCCAGAGACAACAAGAAAUCCCGGAUCUUGCCCCGACACAUUCAGCUGGCUGUCAGGAAUGAUGAGGAACUGGCCAAGCUGUUUGAUGGGGUCACUAUAGCUGAUGGAGGAGUGUUGCCAAAUAUCCAUGCAAUUCUACUGCCAAAGAAGACCUCAAGAGGCCCAUCCUCUGAAGAGCCUAAAGCUGUAGAGUCUCAGGAAUUUUGAGCCUUGCAUUGGUUUUAUCACUUAACUAUAAGGCACUUGUUGUUUUUUUGUGUGCUAUUUUAACUUAUAAAAUGUUUUUAAAUUGUAAUGCUGAUUAAAUAUAAUCUUUUAGUAACAUU